UACUACAAAAUUAAAAAGUCUGCAAGCUGUCAAGGUAAACCAAACUAGUUGUCGUUGUUCAACAAAUUCAUGAGGUUUUCAUAGUCUAGUUGUAUAUGUUUGUACUCAAGAUUAUAUAAAAUAUGCCGAAAAACAAAGGAAAAGGUGGUAAAAACAGGAGGAGAGGUAAAAACGAAAAUGAAACAGAAAAACGUGAGUUAGUCUUCAAAGAAGAUGGCCAAGAGUACGCCCAAGUCACAAAGAUGCUCGGUAAUGGCCGCCUGGAGGCCAUGUGCUUUGAUGGCAUAAAACGUUUAUGUCAUAUUCGUGGAAAAUUAAGAAAAAAGGUUUGGAUUAAUCAAGGAGAUAUCAUAUUAAUCGGUUUACGAGAUUAUCAAGAUGCCAAAGCAGACGUCAUCUUGAAGUACACUCCUGACGAGGCAAGGAAUCUAAAAACUUAUGGAGAAUUUCCAGAGACAGUGCGCAUCAAUGAAACUGUUGUCUAUUCUGUGGAUGGUCUGGAUGAGGAUAUCGAAUUUGGAGACGAAGUCAGUUCAGAAGAUGAAGCAGAUGCAGUUGAUGCUAUAUAAAAAAAAUAUUAGUUCUAUUUAUAAUAAUAUUUACAGUAAGUCUAUGUAAAUUUAUUUUGAUGUUAUAAAAUAAACAUGACUUUGUGAAUUUGUAUAGUUCUGCAAAUUUUCAAACACCUUAUAAAUAAUGUACCUUAAUACUACUACUGUCAGUAUUUAUUGCUCGAAAUUUCAUUGUAAGUGUUAAUAAUACAUAUUCGGUUUCAAAAUUCAAAUAAUUACUGAGUUAUCAUUAAACCAUUCUUUACAUUAAUAAUUGGAAGGGAAAUUUUCUGUGGAACAUUCCUUGAAUUCAUUUUACACACUAUUAUUUAAAGUCACUCUUUAAAUUUUUAAGGAAUGUAUAUAAAUUAAAUAUAUAAUACCAACCUA